GGAGGGAGGUGGGGGCGGUGAGGGUGGUUGUGGUGGUUAAGCUGCGAGCCACUCCGCUGCGCAGUGCCUCUUCCUCGCAGCCGUCGCAGCGUCGCGCUCCGCUUCUCCUGCGCUCCGCCCAAGCGUCGGUGAGAAUCGCUGUCAUUCUCGCCAGCUCGCGGGCCGGCCUCGGAGCGAGUGAACGAGCGGGCGGGCGAUCGACCCAGACGAGACGAAGGCGAGCGAGGAGUCUCCGAGUGAGAGCGCGUGCGUCGAGAGGGGGGGCGGGGGGGGGCCGCCAUGGGGCGCGUGUCUCGAGGGAUGCCCGCUCGCCGCGCCUUCCUGUGGCUCGUGGCGGCCGGGGCAGCCGCUCUCCUCCUCGCCGUCUACAUGCAGAGGCGGCACGGCCCCACAGAGCACCACCCAGGAAGGCUGAUGUUGAACAACUCUCCAUACCUCGGCCAACAGGAUUCGCAGGAGGGCGAUCGCCUCCCCGCUCGCUCCUCGGCCGCCCUCUCUCCCCCCGAGGCCCGAGUGGCCGUGAACGCGGCGGCGCAGAAGCGGCAGCUCCUCAACCGAGAACUUGGAACCGUCAACUCAUCCUCCUCCUCCUCGGUCUUCUCGUCGGCAGCUCAUCCAUCGCGCCUCUUCGACAACGAAGCAGUGGCGGCGGCGGUGGCGGCGGCAGCAAUGUCACGCAACCACGCAACCUCUUCGACCACCACCACAACAACCACCUCCACGGCCUCCAUUCUCAACCACGCGGCGUUCAGGCCUCACGGCUCUCCGCGGUCAUCGUCGUCGUCACCGCCUCCACCGUCACCGCCGUCGCGCCAAGUCGGCCCCGACUUCCAGCGGGACCCUCGCCUCGACCUCUCCGCCCUGCCGGAGGCGGCGGCGCAGGCGCAGGUGGCGCGCAGGGCGCAGAUCGCGCAGCUGUGCGCGCGCUACGGCGUCGGCGGCGGCGGGGGUGGCGCGGGUAGCGGCACUGCGGCCCCCGUGUCUCCGCGCCAGGUGUCACGCCUUUACGUGGAGGACCGCUACCGCCUGCUCUACUGCGAGGUGCCCAAGGUGGGCUGCACCAACUGGAAGCGGUUGCUCAUGGUGCUGAGCGGAGCGGCGCGCAGGGCCGGGGAGGUGGCACACGACGCGGCGCACUACGCCAACGGCCUGCGGAGGCUCGACAGCUUCGGGCGCGCCGAGAUGGAGCGGCGGCUCGCAACUUACACCAAGGUCCUCUUCGUGCGCGAGCCGCUGGAGCGCCUCGUCUCCGCCUUCCGCGACAAACUCGAGCGCCCCAACCCCUACUACCAGCCGCUGUUCGGCCGCGCCAUCCUCGCCCGCUACCGCGCCAACGCGAGCCGCGAGGCCCUGCGCUCGGGCGAGGGCGUGACCUUCCGCGAGUUCCUGCGCUACCUGCUGGACCCGCGGCGCCCCCUCGGCAUGGACAUCCACUGGGAGGCGGCGACGCGCCUCUGCCACCCGUGCGCCAUCUCCUACGACUUCGUGGGCAAAUUCGAGGAGCUGGAGGGGGACGCCAACGACCUCCUCCGGGCCGUCGGCGUGCCGGACGACGUCACGUUCCCCGGGGAAGGCGAGGCGCGGGCGGCGCAGGUGCCGGCCGAAGCCGAGGAGGCCGCGGCGUUUCCCCAGACGCCUCCGUCGGGGGAACGCGCGGGCACGGGCGAGCGUGCCGACCGGGACGAGGAACUCGGGAGGGGUUCGACCGCCGGAGACGGAGGCGGGACGGCGACGGUGGCCGCGGGCGAGGACGGCCGGGCGACGGGACGCAGAUACCUGUCGGCGCUGUCGAGGCGGGAGAGGCAACGCGCCUACGACUUUUACUACCUGGAUUACAUCAUGUUCAACUACUCCAAGCCGUUCGGCGACAUUUACUAGCCCGCGUGGCCUCGCGAGCCACGUGGCCGCAAGCACGCGGCUCGGGCGGAUGCGGCGUCGUGCGGCAGUGGGACAUCAGCGAGCGCACAGCGGUGGCGGUGACAAUUGCGGUUCGGAUUUAAGGAGCAUUAUUGUAGAUCUGUAUUUAACCGGGAUUUCCAAAACACAACAACUCUCGAGAUUCACGUCUUCUUACCAAGAAGGCGGCAGUGGGACAUCAGUUCCGUAUGAACGCAACCGCAUGUCA